AUGAGGGCGAUAGUUCAAAUUUUAAUUCCAUUACUGCUGAUGAUAAAUUCAUCGGCAGGAAUACAUAUAUUGGAACUCCUAAAAAAUUACGGACUAACGAACACCUAUGCCAUCAAAACCCAACCAUUACCCAGAUUUUCUGACUAUGACUUUAUUGUCGUUGGUUCUGGUCCUGGUGGUGCCCCAGUAGCCAAUCGACUAUCUGAAAAUAGAAACUGGAAGGUUUUGCUUCUCGAAGCCGGUAAACCAGAAGGAAUUUUGAAUCAAGUACCGAUGCUUUCUUUCGUGAAUUCUGAAUAUGACUGGCAAUACACAAUCGAGCCUCAGAAAAAGGCAUGCUUGGGUAUAAUAGACAGGAGGUGUCCCUAUCCAAAGGGAAAAGCGCUGGGUGGUUCCAGCACCAUCAACAGCAUGGUUUACUCCAGAGGAAAUAAGCUAGAUUUCGACCUUUGGGCUCAGCAGGGAAAUUACGGUUGGUCAUAUGAUGACGUGUUACCAUAUUUCAAGAAGAGUGAACGUGCCAAACUUCGAGAGACAGUGGAUGAAUCGUAUCAUGGUAAGAGUGGAUAUUUACACGUGCAGGAUGUUUCAUGGCGAACACCCCUCGCAAGCAAAUUUUUGGAAUCUGGGAGAGAACUGGGCUACGAUAUCAUUGAUUACAAUGGGCGACGACAGAUUGGAUUUUCAUACGGCCAAUUCAUGAUGCUGGAUGGUACACGGUGCAGUUCAUCAAAAGCAUACCUACAAGUCAGGCGAUCAAACUUGGAUAUUGUAACAGAGGCGAGAGUAUCGCGGGUACUAAUUGACGGAAACAAUUGUGCCUAUGGUGUGGAGUUCACGAAAAACAAUAGAACAUAUCGAAUUAAUGCAAGCAAAGAGGUGAUUCUGUCAGCCGGGGCAAUUGACACGCCGAAGCUUCUAAUGCUGUCCGGAAUUGGACCCAAAGAGCAUCUGGAGGAAUUGGGAAUCAGAGUGGUAAAAGAUGCUAAAGUUGGAUAUAAUCUUUGUGACCACGUGGCUUUUGCUGGACUCACGUUUUUGGUGAAUCAAAGUGUCACUCUAAUCCAGAAAAACGUUGAAACAACAAAAGCUGUACUUCAAUACGCCAUCAAAGGCACUGGGCCAUAUUCUACACCUAAUGCUAACGAAGGCCUCGCAUUCGUUCGCACAAAAUACGCAAAAGACGUUCGACCAGAUGUAGAAUUGGUAUUUCGUACAUCAACAUUCAAUGGGGAUAACGAGGAAAACUUCCGAAGGGGACGUCGUGUCACUCAAGAAAUUUAUGACGCCGUUUGGAAGCCCAUUGAGGGUCAAGAUGCCUGGGCGAUUUGGCCCGCCGUGCAACUUAUUCAGAGUAAGGGACGCAUCAAAUUGAGAUCAACUAAUAUUAAUGAUCACCCCUUAAUUGAUCCUAAUCUCUUCGACGAUUCAAACGAUCUGGAAACUCUGGUUGAAGCUGUUAAAAUUGCAAUAAAGGUAUCUGAAUCUAAAGCUUUUCAGCAAUAUGGCACUAAACUACAUGAUACAAAAAUUCCUGGAUGUGAGUCAUUUGAAUUCGGCACGGAUGAUUACUGGCGUUGCGCAAUCCAACAUGUAACAGUUACCUUCAAUCAUGACAUGGGUACUGUUAAAAUGGGACCAUCAACAGACUCAUCUGCUGUUGUUGAUCCGGAAUUACGAGUGUAUGGAAUUGGAGGAUUGAGGGUCAUUGACGCAUCCAUCAUGCCAGAAAUGCCAGUGGGUCAUUUGUCAGCGACAACUUACAUGAUCGCCGAGAAAGGCGCUGAUAUGAUUAAAAAAUCGUGGUAG